AGAAGCAGAGAAAAGCAUCAUUUCCUCCAGCAGAGACAGAAUGACACCACGACUGCAGCUCUUCAUCGCUUUACUGCUUCACUUUGAAGCAGGAAUCAGUGAUGACAUCGUUCUCCAUCACAGAGCUGGAGAUGACGUUGUUUUACUGUGUAACGUUGAUUCUUCACAUUACCCAUGUUCUGAUGUUGACUGGAUUUACAACACCGAUCUAUAUGAACAAUUAAUCGUUUAUAGUGGAAAUAUUGAGGAGACGUCACCUGGAGCUGACAGGAUGAGUUUGAGCAGUGACUGCUCUCUGAUCAUCAACAACAUCACUGCUGAAGAUGCUGGUUGUUACAACUGUUGGAUUAGAAAUAAUGUUGGUUCCACGUCUGUGUAUCUGAGUGUUUUAACAGUCUCUCCAUCUCCACCAGAUGUGGAUCCAGGAAGGGAUGGAGAUGUGACCUUACGCUGUUCUCUGGUGAGAGACCGUUAUUUCGGUCCCUGUGAGCAGAACAGCAUCAUCUGGGUGGAUGAGACAGGAAGUGUGCUGCUUGGUGAAGGUGAUGGGUUUGUGUCUGGAGGACAGAACAACUGUGUUUCUGAUCUGAUGGUGAAACAUCAGAGACGCUCCAAGAGAAGAUUCACCUGCCAGGUUGUUGAAGGAGACAGAGUGAAGAUAGAUGCUGAAUACACGCUGGACUUUACAGAUUCCAGUGUGAUCAAUACCAGAUUGAUUAUUGGAUGGGUGGUCAGGGGGCUGAUGGUGGUUCUGGUCAGCAUCGCUACGUUUCUCUUCAUUUACAGGAUGAAAGUUAAAAGGAACAAUCCCAAAAAUCAAACAGGUGUGUUUGACCUGCCUCUGAACAGGGAUGAAGAUGAUGAUGAUGAUGUGGUGAACUAUGAAAACGUUGAAGACCUGCCUGCUUCUGUCCGAUCCACAGAUCAAUAA